AUGGCUGUGGUCCCCACUCUGGUGCGCUCAGACUCCGCUAGGGGCAUGUUCAGGCACAUCCCCAGCUUCAGAUACAGUGGGUGCAGGUGGGGCCCAGGUGUAUGCCUUUGUGACAGGAGAUUGAGACCCUCCUGGCCAUUCUCUAGGACGCUCAACUUCAUGGGGAACUCGGACUCGUCAGCACGGCCAGACCUACAGGGCCACAGCAGGACGUCUCCGGGAGCAGGGCAUUCUGCGGGCCCCAGAGCUGUCCCGUGCCAAGUUCAACAGCCUGCGUCGAGGUGCCGCGAGGUGGGGGCGGGCCGUGUGCCGGAGCCUUGUGUCCUUCACGAGGCAGUGGAUCCCCGGUCAAGCUCCUGGGCCUCUGCACCCAAGGUGGCGAGCCGUGCUGUUCCCGGCCACGAGGGAAGGGCUGCGGAGUCCGGAGAGCUGAGUCGGCAGAACGGGAAGCCCACAGCGAUCGGAGAAGGGGCCUGGGCGGACGGCGCGGCCGGGGAUGAAGGGCGCUUCCAGGACACUGGCCGGGAAGCCCAGGUCCGCCUCCGCCGGCCUCUCUCACGCAGCACAUGGCGUUUCCCUGUGCAGCUCCCGUCCUUGGCUUCCUCAGACUGCUGUGGGCCUCCAGCCCGGACUCUCUCCCCUUCCCUCCUGCUCCAGCAAGGCUCUCCCGUCCUGACCCCGGUGUGUGCUGGCCGCGUCCCUACAGCACGCUUUCCCCUAGUGUCCGCCGAGCUCAGGGCAGCCUGUUGCUACUCAGCUGCCGGCGGCGAGGCCAUCGAGAGUGGAGGUAAGACCUGGGGACAGACUGGCAGAAACAGAGCUGGCCUCUCGGCCUCAGAUGGGUCACUGUGCCUGAACAUCCAAAAAGAGACAGUAUAGGGGUGCCGGGGUGGCUCAAUUAAGCGUGUGCCUCGGCUCCCGUCAUGAUCCCGGGGUACUGGGAUGGAGCCUGCUUCUCCCUCUCCCUCUGCUUGUUGCUCUGCCUACUUGUGCACACACGCUGUCUCUGUGUCAAAUAAAUAAAAUCUAUUACAAAAAAAGAGGGGUAGUAUAGGACAGUACGUGGCAUCUAGGGACGAUUUUCCUGUGAGACCAGGGUUAGGAGUUUGUAAAUACUAAAAUCAGAGAAUGAAACUAGGCUAGUACUUAGCAAAAAGCUGAAUCCUGGGAGAAGUUCCAUUUAGGGGGUGUCAGGGUGGCUAAGCUGGUUAAGCAUCUGCCUUCAGCUCAGGUCAUGUUUCCAGGGUCCUGGGAUUGAGCCCCAUGUCGAGCUCCCUGCUCAGUGGGGAACCUGUUUGUCCCACUCCCUCGCCGGUGUACGUAACUUGCUUUCUCUAACUCAUAAAUAAAUAAGAACUUCAAAAAAAAAAAAAAAAGACAGCAUAGGAGAACAGUACGUGGACUCUCGAGGUUCUUCUCCCACGACCACAGGGUUUGGACCAUGAACAUAGUAAAACGGGAAAAUGAACUUAGGCUAUUGCUUAGCACAAGGCUGAAUCCCAUGAAGAAUUCCAUUUAUGUAUUUGUCCCUUAUGGUGCUUUAACUGCAACUUUCCUCGUUGUCCUGUUCUUUCUCCAAACCCCGUGUCUUUCUGUUCCCUCAGGUCUUGAGAU